AUGGCACAAGCUAUAACUAAAGUUAUUAAUAAAAUGCAAUAUAGAGUAGCCUCUAUGAGGACAAUUGGCAAAUAUCAUAAAAGUUUUAUUGAUUUUUUAAUUGUUUUUAUGUCUAUUAGCACUUUAGCAACUUGUUGGCUUACAGCAAAUUUUGCUGGUCCAACAAUUCAAUUUUUACAAUAUAAAAGAAAUAAACCAGAUAAGAACUAUAAUAUUUAUGGAAUUAAUAUAUCAAGCUUUUCAGAUAUUGUUACAAUAUGGCACAAAGCAUAUAAUUAUAAUGGUCCUACUAUAUGUGCAAAAGAUCAAACAAAGGUUGCAGAAUUAAUUAAAGUUUGUAAACAUCAACAAAAAUGGAUUAAAUGUAUACUUAUUAAUAGUAUUACAAUUUCAACAACUAUGAUAUUUAAAGAACUUCAUAAUAAAAUUAAUAGUUUUAAAAAAGCAACAUAUAUUACUGUUUAUGCUCUUUUAGCUUGUAUUUCAGAAAUACCACCUGUUGUAAUUUCUGUUAUUCCAUCUGAUCAAAAGAAAAUAAUUGAACUUAAUUAUUAUAAUAACAAUUUAGUUAUAAAAGGAUUAUAUUAUGCUAGUGCUAUGACUAUUGGUUUAUAUUUUGAUGAUGCUACUUUAGAUAAAAAUUGGUUAGGUGAAAUUUAUAGCAAAAGUCCAGUUUUUUCUCAAAAAUUGAUACUUAAAUCAAUUUUAAAAGAAAAUUCAGAAGUUUAUUCAGGUUUAGCAAAUGAUAUACUUAAUCCUAAAAAUAAACAAUCAGAUAAAUUAGCAAAAAGAUUUUUUUUAUCAACUGUUUUAAAAGCUGAAGAAAAAUUUAAUUUAUUGGCAAAAGAAGAAUUAGAUUUAUCUGAAUCAGAUUUUAACAAAUUAUCUGAACUUAAUGAAUUGUUGACUAAACAUCAACAAUAA